AUGGCUCUAAAACUAACCAAAGAGCCUGAAACAGAGUCAAAGAACGUCAUCAAAGACGCAAUAUACCUCUUCGACCUUCUUCGUGAAUCUCCUUUGCCAAUCUUAAUUCAUAUUGGCGCCUACGCAGCUAAGACUGGAGCAAAACCAAACACCAUCGUCAAACGCCUUGGAGACAUCAAGAAGCGCAACCGAUUGAACAUCAUCACAACGACACAAGGUGAUUCUAAGACUACUCUCCGUAGCAAUGACGAUGGCAAAGCCAAGGUGAAACCCAAGAGAGAAACCGAGGCCAAACCAACCAAGGCCGAGCCAAAUGAGGGCAACGUGAAAUUGGAGGAUAAUGAUGACGGUCUCGAUCUUGGUCACGGUCUGAACCUUGGAAUUGGUCUCCCGUCUCCAACAGACUCUACAGCCAGUAGUAUGGAUGUCGGUACUGGCAUGGUUCACAAGCAGAUGCCUCAGAAGCGACGCUUUGUCGAUGCGCUCAAGGAGGAGGAUAAAGGUGAUGGUAUGCCGGCCAAAAAGUUGAAGGCGGAGUUUUGA